AUGGCACCGCACCGGUUGAUGGGCAGCUUUGACCUGCACAAGAAAAUUAAAGUGCCAAAGAAUGAGGCGGCUGUGCCUUGUGAGAUUCGAUGCAUUGAAGGGCUGCUUGGCAAAGAAACUGCCCUGGCUUCUUUGUCUCAACUUCAGCGUGACACAAACAAUAAGAAGGCCGAACAGUGGUACUUGUUCGUUCGAUUUGGGUCUCGAUGGAACGGCCCCACGGAAACGAGAAUUGUGUUCCUUGUCAUCCUUCGACCUCCCAAACAGCUCUACUGUUACAUUAUGGACGGGUACAAUCUACGGGAAGCUCGGGCUUUUGGAGGAACCCCUCCUGUAGAUGGCGUACUAGUUUGCGUGGCUGAUCUGAUGAAGAACGUGAAGUGUCGCCUCAAAAGGCUCGUCUGCUGUCCUUCUGUUGGUCGCUUUCGGCUUUCGCAAACUCUUUCCCUUGCCACCAAGCUAGAGGAUGUCUUUGUCCCUGUUGGGGUGCAGAUUGCUGUCCCAAAGUGUACGGACUUUCCAGAGAACCAACCAGGCAGCCUCGCAGGAAACUUUACAACGGACCCUGAAAACAAUCGAGCUCUUUGGACCAAAAUGGAUGGCAUUGUCAACUCCCUCCAUUCCAAGUUUGACCGGAUCAUGGAUCAACCAGGGUACAAUCCACCCCAGAUGGCAACCGAAGCCGGUGGCUACUAUGCCGUUCCUUACAUGCUGCACACCAAUCCAGUCCAACGAAGGAACCUUCAAGAGGCUUCAUCCGCCGAUCUUCGGGAGCUUUAUGAGAGCGCCAAGUUAUUCCACGAAGCCCGAGUUUGGGAUUACUUGUCCACGAAUGAAUACCUCUACUGCCAAGACAAAGUGACGGGCAAGUCAGGAUAUGUCCGAGUUUGUGGACACUCCGAUUACGAUGCCCGUGGCUUGGUUAUUUACUCCGCCGAGGAAGAUUUGGGCCGUGUUAUGGAUUUUGAGCACUAUGUUGAUAAGCUCGACUACUUCGGACCUCAGGUGGUGUCCUUGGGGACGGUGGAUGCUGUGACAUCUCUGGGUUUGCCACUCGCACAAAAUGAUCCUCUAGGAGCGGUCUGGCCCAGUUGGAACCGUCACAAGGGCUGCAGUAGCCAAAUUAUGCACGACGAAGAGGCUCUCCUUCGAGAAUUGAUGAAAAACGCCAAUAGUCCUGCCCCUUGUGAUCGUUGGAAGUUUCUGUCCAGAGUCACAAGGGCCGUUGUCAGUUUUGUGGCAAAUCCAAUGUUUGUGUCUAAAAACCCUGCAGCAAAUGGGUAUCUAACGACGAUGGUCGUACAAGUCAGCAUGAACUUUGGAGAAGGAGAGAUGGAUAUUAAGGCAGGGCACCACCGUGUUGGGAUCUUGUCAGACUCUGCCUGUGUCGAAACCAUGGCCAUUGGGGCCAAGCACAAGUGCAACUUUUGCAACCAACCUGCCCCUGUGGCUCUUUGGGUUGACAAGGAGACAGGAGAGCUCCCAGUCGCCUGCAAAACCUGCGGAAUUCGCUACUGCUCCCACCGAUGUCUUGACAAGGACAAGUUUCGCCAUGUGAGAUCGUGCGACGGCUUGGUUGAAGCCAAAGAGAAUCUCUGUGGAGUUUGUGGGCUGCAGGCCGAGUUGAGGUGCUCACGUUGCAAGCUUAUCUACUACUGUUGCAAGGAACACCAGAAGGUCGACUGGAGAGUACAUAAGAAGAACUGCCCACCUUCGCAGAAGUGA